CGCACUCUCUAUAUCCUCCCCACCCCACCCCACCCCACCCCAAUCCUGUGGAGUAUUGCUGUAGCGGUCGCAGCAGCAGCAGCAGCAGCGAGCGGGCACUGUUGGUCUCGUCCCUCCUUUUGGGAGACCGAUCGAUUUGGUCAUUAUUAUUGUUAUCGUAUACUGAGGAGGGAAUAGUAAAGGAGUGGGAGGGGGUGGGGGGUUGGGGACUGGGGAGGAGAAAGGAAUAAAGGAUAGUAGUAGUAGUAGUAGUAGUAGUAGUAGUAGUGUUAUUAUAGUGCGGUAACUCAGUUACCGGAAAUGGAAAGCGGAGGCGGAGGUGGGAAAAGCGGGCACGGAGGUUCCUCCUGGGGGGGUUCCUGGGAACUGGGGAACUGGACUUCCGCCGCCGUAGCAGCAAAUUUCCCCGCGUGCUACAACGCGCAGGGCCUCGAGAUCGCCGCGUCCGCGUCCGCGUCCGCGUCCCGCUCAGCUUUCCCCGACCGCGCGGGGGUCCCGCUCGAGGGCGGGGACCACGCCGCGGAGAUCUCGCAGUGCGCGCACCGCAGCUUCCGCAGCCACCACCUCACGUGCCUGAAGCUCGGGAAGAGGCACUACUACGAGGAGGAGAGGCUUUGCGGCGGCGCUUCCGCGGCGGCCGGAAAGCGGGAAAAGGCGGCGGCGGCGGCGGCGGCGGCGGGGACGCCGUUUCCGAGGUGCCAGGUGGAGGGUUGUGAUAAGUCGUUGGUGGACGCCAAGGAUUACCACAAGCGCCACAAGGUGUGCGACGUGCACGCCAAGGCCCCCAAAGUCAUCGUCCUCGGCGCCGAGCAGAGGUUUUGCCAACAAUGUAGCAGGUUCCAUGUGAUCUCUGAGUUCGACGACGCGAAGCGGAGUUGUAGGAGGAGGCUCGCAGGGCACAACGAGCGCCGGAGAAAGAGCAACACCCACGAUUCCCUCAUCAGAAACCCUUCCUCUCACUCUAUAGAAGGCACGAUUAUGGGUCCGAGGUUCUCUCACGCAUCAAACUCACCAGCUCGUGCUCUCUCUCUUCUGUCAUCCAAGGCUGCUUCCUUGCCUUGGGUUUCACCAUCUGACCUCUCUUCUCGGUCCAGCGCUGCCCUUCGCGAACUCAUAGAAGAGAACCGCGCCGCCUUACUGUCACGACAGCUGUUAUCCAACCGAAGCGACUUGCCCAACCAAGGUCCUACAAACCACAUCGCGUUUCCCCAUUGGCCACAACAGAACCAAGUCGUGUCGCAAUUCCCGCGGCUUGCUGAUGGCUGGGACCACCUCCAGGGGGCAGGGGCACACGUGACGCUGGACCUCAUGCAGGUGCCGAACCCUUCUUUUGGAGCCAUUCCACGAAGGAGCAGGGCCAAAGACGGCGAAGAGGAUUGCUCUGAUAUUUGGAAGUCCUGGGAGGAUGCUCAUGUGGUAUGAAGCCCCUGCCCUCUACCUACUUAUUUAGCAGCCCGUUAUUUUUUUAAAUUGAAUUGGUUUACGAAUAUUUUGUGCUGUAUUUGUUGAUCAAUUUGACAUUCUCUUGGACCUUCAUUCGACACUACUUUGUGAAUAUAUUGGUUAGCUAUAUUCUACUUCUAUACAC